AUGAUCUCUCAAGCCGUUGUCCCCCUCAUCUUUCUCUUGCUGCUCUAUGCUGUCAAGAGGUAUACCGCGUGUCGACAGCUUGUUCGCACCGUAAACGGCUGGCCCGGUUUCCGCACGGUCUUCAACGACCGGUUUCUGUUUUUCCCAUUCCGGGUACGCGGGAUCUCUCCCGGCGCGCAGUGGCCGUUCUACUCCAAGCACGCCGACUUCGCGAAGGCAGGGUGGGAUGUGAUCGCCUUGGUAAACGCUCUCCCUUCACCCGAGUUAUCCCUGUAUGUUGCGGAUGCCGCUAUUGCAAAGGAGGUCAUGGGUGCGCGCGCACGCUUCCCGAAGCCUACCGAUGUGUAUGAGCUGCUCGCGACGUUUGGUACGAACAUCCUCGUCACCGAGGGGGAAGAAUGGAAACGGCAACGGAAGAUUGCUGCACCAGCGUUUUCUGAGAGGAACAAUAAACUCGUAUGGGAUGAGUCACUCCGCAUCGUGAACGACAUGUUCGAAAACCUGUGGGGCGACAAGGACGCCGUCGAGCUCGAUCAUGUCCUGGACAUCACCAUCCCCAUUACGCUCAUGGUCAUCGGUGCGGCGAGCUUUGGACGGCGCAUGUCGUGGAAGGAGGACGGUGCCAUGCACAUGGGACACUCGCUUACCUUCAAAGACGCAUUGCUCGAGGUGUCGAACCGACUCGUUCUCAGUCUUCUCUUCCCACAGUGGCUUCUCCGCUUCGGUACUCCGGGCAUGCGCUCUUAUGCCCGUGCAUACGACGAACUCAGCAGAUAUCUGGACGAGAUGGUGCAGGAACGCCGGACGUCGACGAAUAACGAGGAGCGUUACGAUCUGUUCAGCAGUCUACUUGAAGCAAACGAGGCCCAACUCGAGGGCGACACGAAGUUGUCUGACAAGGCCCUUCUUGGAAAUGUGUUCCUGUUCUUGGUUGCCGGUCAUGACACCACGUCACACACGCUCGCGUAUGCGCUCAUAUUCCUCGCGCUGUACCAGGAGGAGCAGGACAAGUUUUACAAGAACAUUAUGGCCGUCAUGCCGAAGGACAGAGCCCUAAGAUACGAGGACAUGGGAUCCUUCUCCUACUCUUUAGCCGUGUUCAACGAAACGCUGCGGCACUUCCCGCCCGUCAUCGGUAUCCCAAAAUACAGCGCAGAAGACACCGUAUUGACCACGACGAGCGCCACGGGUGAGCAGGCGCGCCUGCCCGUCCCGCGCGGGACGUACAUCACGAUCUCCGCGUCCGCACUGCAUCAUAACCCGCGCUACUGGGACGAUCCGGAGGCAUUCAAGCCGGCGAGAGUUCUGGGCGACUACCCGCGCGACGCGUUUCUGCCAUUCAGCGGUGGCCCGCGCGGAUGCAUCGGCCGCGGGUUCUCAGAGACAGAGGCAACCGCGGUGCUGACGGCGAUCGUGUCUAAGUACAAGGUUGAGGUGCGCGAGGAGGCGUGCUUCGCGGGGGAGACAUUCGAGCAGCGCAAGGCGCGGCUGCUGAAAAGCCAACACAGUACGACCAUAUACCCGGAGCGCGCGCCGCUCGUCUUCCGGCGCCGAAGGUGA